UUUUUCAGGGUGCAAAUGUCUGGAAAUUUUUGGAACAGUUCCCAUUUUCGACAAUGGUUGUUCGACAAAGAAGAAAUGCUACUUGGCCGACAAGCAGAUUUGCAGAGGCUUACAUGCGAAGAGUACCAAAAAGUACACAUAUUUUUUGGCCAGUUGAUUCAAGCGAUAGGCGAAGAGUUGAAAGUGCGCCAACAGGUGAUAGCGACUGCGAUUAUUUAUUUCAAACGAUUUUAUUCCAGAUACUCUUUAAAGGACAUUGACCCUAUUUUACUGUGUCCAACUUCAGUUUUCUUGGCUUCAAAAGUCGAAGAAGUGGGCGCCUCGCCGAAUAGCAGAUUGAUAGAAAAAUGUACAGCAGCUAUCAAGUCAAAUAUGUUCAAGUACGUGUUCCAGUUUGACGAAUAUCCUUACAAAGUUAACGAUAUACAUGACUGUGAGUUCCUUCUUAUGGAGGUUAUGGAUUGCUGUCUAAUAGUAUUCCAACCCUACCGGCCUCUAACUCAGUUUUGCGAGGAUAUUGGUGAUCAAAACAACGAAUUGCUAAAAGCUUCCUGGCUAGUCGUAAAUGAUGUUAUGCGAUCAGAUUUGAUUCUCACCCAACCGCCUUUUAUGAUAGCAUUAGCGGCAUUGCUCAUAGCUUGUUGCACUUACCGAAAGCAAAGUUGCUCGACUGGUUUUUCGCAUUCAAAUUUGUCAAGUAUGGAUGCAACGGGUGGUUUGGGUUCGUUGUCGGCGGAGCAUAAAGCGUGGUUUGCAGACUGCACGGUUGAUUUCGAGCAGUUGGCGAUUCUAGUUAACGACAUCGUGAGUUUCUUUGAUCUCUGGACCAGUUUUGAAGGCGGCGAAAUCGAAGAGAUGAAAAAUAUUUUGAAGAAGUAUUCAUUCGUUAGAAGCAUGCGACAACAUGGUCAACACGGAAGAUGAAAAGAAAUUCGUUCGCGUUUCAUCUUUGCGGGUGUGAAAAUUUGUUCAAAUCUUAGUUUUUGAUGCCAAGAAGAAACAGGCGAACUUUCACACGUUUUGAAUGGCGCCUUCAAACGUGGGAAAUGAUUUCGCGCGAAAUUGCAGAUUCAAGGACGCAACUUAUAGACUGUUCGAAUAGGUCUGCUAUCUUUUGGUGUCAACAUUUUUGCAGAAGAAUUCUAAAGUCUAAGUGUAGUUUGAUGGUAUAAUUGUUGACUUAGUUGUAGACUUUGAAGCGAUUUUCAAUAAUCGAUGUCUGUUUUAGUGAUUAGUUUUAAUUGUUUUAAGAUCAGAGCGAGGCAGCAAAUAGUCUGUAGUGCCUAAUUACGUAAAUUACUUGGUGGGUAAACUUGUCAAAUUUGAUAGUAAGGUCGAUCGAUAUCAUUUUGUAACAAUAGCUAGCUAGUAUCAUUCAAAUUUCAACAGCGUAACUCUUAUACUGCUACCAUUUAUAUUUUGAACCAAUUUGAACUGU